AUGUUUAUACCUCGAGUAAUUAAAAGACCAAGCGCUAUUCCUGUGAAUAAAAAUAAAAAAGCUAAAAUAAUUAAUACAGAAAAAGUAAAUUCUUCAAUGCCAACUACUGCCACCAUUACUAUUACUACAAGACCAUCGCCAAAAAAUACUUCAGAAGAAGAAGAAGAACCUGUUAAAGAAUUUAGUCAGCAACAACGUGACGCUUUAGUAGACGAACCAACUUGUAUUAUAUGUGGAAAAUAUGGCGAGUAUAUUUGUGAUGAAACAGAUCAUGAUGUCUGUAGUUUGGAAUCAGUUCAAUUACUUCAACUACAGUCAAAUUCAAACGUUUUUCAUUCACAGCUUACUGCAUACACUUCACAUUCACAAAUUAAUAAACUGUCCGAGGCUCAAAUAUCACAAAUAUUAACAAAAAAUAAAAUAAUCACGCACGGAAAAAAUGUUCCUCGUCCUAUACUAACAAGUGCUCAAACAGGAUCUGGAAAAACAUUAAGUUACUUAAUACCUGUAAUAGUACAUUCAUGGUCAUUAUCACAACUUCAUAAUAGUAAGAAUGGGCCAUAUGCUAUAAUUAUGGCACCGACAAGAGAAUUAUGUGCACAAAUAGAAGAAAAGGUAAAGGCUUUGGUAAAAGGCCUGAUGAAUAUGAAGACUGUUCUUUUAGUAGGCGGAUUGCCGAUGCCUAAUCAGAUACAUCGACUGAAACAAGGUGCACAAAUAGCUGUUGCAACACCGGGAAGAUUGCUGGAUUUAUUAAAUAAUAUUAACAAUGAAGAUAUAUCAUUGUCAAUGAAUAAUGUUCAUGUUUUAGUGUUAGACGAAGUAGAUAUGAUGUUUAAAAUGGGAUUCGAGAAUCAAGUGAUGGAAAUAAUUGGUAAUAAAUUAACUUUGGAAUGUGGGAAACGCCAAACCCUCAUGUUUUCAGCUACCAUUCCAACAAACAUCGAGAUACUUGCAAAGUCAUUGUUGAAUGAUCAUAUUAGAAUCACAGUUGGGAACAUUGAUGAUAAUGAGAAUAGUGAGAUUAGCUCCAAAGAUAAUCGGUCCAAGAAUGCUUCAACCGCAAAAGGCGUGAUAAGUGUACCAGUUAAACAAACAAUAUUAUGGGUGGAAAAUAAAUCAAAAAAAAAACAAUUAUUUUCGAUAUUGAAUGACCCAAAAUAUUAUCGUCCACCUAUUAUUAUAUUUGUAGAGUCAAAGAUGGGAGCGGAUUUAUUGUCAGGUGCGAUAGAAAAAAAAUGUUUUGCAAAAACAGCGAGUAUACACGGCGACAAACCACAGGAAGAAAGGAUUCAGAUAUUGAAUUCAUUUCUGAAAGGAGAAUAUGAAAUUAUAGUAUCGACUGGUGUCUUGAGCAGAGGGUUAGAUUUGCCUAAUGUUAAAAUGGUGGUGAACUUUGAUAUGGCAGUAUCAAUUGAUGAAUAUAUUCAUCAAUGUGGAAGAGCAGGUGGAUACACUCAAAAUCAUCAAAAUCCGGGUUGGGCAAUAACUUUUAUCAAUGAGGUAUUGUUUAAAUUUAAAGAAAAAAUUUUCAGACCAUUUUUAUUACAAAAAAAAAUUAUUUAA